UUAGUUCCGUGAUUUUCGAGCAAAAUAUGUCUUAAUGUUCGACCCCGAAUCAUUUUAAAAAAAUUCAUGCGGUAACUGUGAGGAGAAUCAGUUUACACUUGUUCCUCAGACGACGGUUUUCAGCAUGGAUGCUGGGAAACAAAGGCGCAGAUGGGAGUACUGGUGGAUUUCUCUGUGUUUCUUCUUGCUACCGUGUUUCGGACAGCGGGUUUCAGCGCAGAUAAGAUACACUAUUCCAGAGGAGGUAAAAGAAGGAUAUGUUGUGGGAAAUAUUGCAAAGGAUUUGGGUCUUGAUGUCAGUACAUUGGUGGACAGACGUUUUCGUAUUGUUUCUGGAUCAAAUGAGGGCCUUUUUCAGGUAAAUCAGAACAAUGGCAUCUUGUAUGUGGAACAGCAUAUCGACAGAGAGGCGCUGUGCGUUGAAAAUGUUGCUUGCUUGAUAAGUCUGAAAACUGUUGUUGAAAAUCCUCUUGAAAUUCAUUAUGUAGAAAUGGAAGUUACCGAUGUAAAUGACCAUGCACCCAAUUUUGCUUAUAAAGACGUCGUGUUAGAAAUCGCAGAAUCAACCCUACCUGGUGAGGACUUUCAAUUGCAGGAAGCAAAGGACCCUGAUUCAGGCAUAAAUUCUGUUCGUUUUUAUAAAUUGAGCCAAACCGAGUAUUUUGAACUUGAGCUUCGCGAAAAUGGGGGAGAGAAAAAGGUCCCUGUCUUGAAAUUACGUAAAUUGCUUGACAGGGAGCAUCAGGUCACUCACAGUCUAAUACUGACUGCUGUUGAUGGUGGGAAUCCACCAAGAUCAGGGAGUAUCAUUAUUAAUGUCACGGUGCUGGAUGAUAAUGAUAACAGGCCAAAAUUCAGCCAAGAGUUUUAUUCUGUCACAUUGCAAGAAAAUGCUCCUGUUGGUACUCUUGUCAUUAAAUUGAACGCCACUGAUUUAGAUGAAGGUCAGAAUGGAGAAAUAGUUUAUGCAUUCCUGAAAAAUAUUGAAAAACAUGUUUACGACACCUUUGAUUUGGACAAAACAGGUGAGAUUAGGGUAAAAGGUGAUUUGGAUUUUGAGAAAAAUAAUGUUUAUAGAGUCGGUGUUAUGGCGUCAGAUAAAGGCCAACCACCGAAGACAAGCAACUGUCGAAUUAUCAUUAAAGUGACUGACGAAAAUGAUAAUGGACCAGAGAUAGAAGUUACCUCACUGUCUGAUGUAGUUCCCGAAGAUUCAAAACCAGGAACAGUUAUUUCACUUGUUAGUAUUACUGAUAAAGAUUCGGGCGUCAAUGGCAAAGUUGUUUGUAAAAUAUCUGACAAUGUGCCUUUUGAACUGAAGUCGUCAUUUAAAGAAAAUAUGUACUCUCUUGUGACGAAUGCUAAGUUAGAUAGAGAAGCAGUGUCACAAUAUGAUGUCACAAUAACAGCCAGAGAUACUGGUCAGCCCCCUCUUUCCUCAGUCAAAACAUUGAAAGUGCAGAUAUCAGACGUGAACGAUAACGCUCCAGAAUUCCUUCACAAUCCGUUAGAACUUUACUUGAUGGAAAAUAACCCACCAGGAGCCUCCAUAUACUCUGUUAGCGCCUUCGACAAAGACCUGAAUGAAAAUGCUGCAAUAACCUAUCAAAUAAUUAGGGAAGAUGGAGCAAAAAGUCAUAUGUCGUCUUUCCUUAAUGUAAAUUCAGACAACGGACAUAUAAAUGCGCUUAAAAGCUUCGACUUUGAAACUGUAUAUCGGCUCUACUAUAGUCCCGGGCAGUAA